AUGAGAAGACUACCGUCAACCUACUGGAUUACCGUCAUCCUACUGGAUUACCGUCAUCCUACUGGAUUACCGUCAUCCUACUGGAUUACCGUCAUCCUACUGGAUUACCGUCAUCCUACUGGAUUACCGUCAUCCUACUGGAUUACCGUCAUCCUACUGGAUUACCGUCAUCCUACUGGAUUACCGUCAUCCUACUGGAUUACCGUCAUCCUACUGGAUUACCGUCAUCCUACUGGAUUACCGUCAUCCUACUGGAUUACCGUCAUCCUACUGGAUUACCGUCAUCCUACUGGAUUACCGUCAUCCUACUGGAUUACCGUCAUCCUACUGGAUUACCGUCAUCCUACUGGAUUACCGUCAUCCUACUGGAUUACCGUCAUCCUACUGGAUUACCGUCAUCCUACUGGAUUACCGUCAUCCUACUGGAUUACCGUCAUCCUACUGGAUUAA